AUGUUCUCUUUCCUCAACCUUCAGAAUUUUAACUUCGAUUUUGUCGGAGACUCGAUCCCCAACAGCGGGCGCACCGGCAAGAAGAAGACCAGCAGCAGCAAUGGUAAGAGAGAGUCUGGCAAGCAGCUCUGGCUCUGGGAGUCGCACGGGUCCUCCUCCUCCUCGCCGACGGCCAACAGCACGGCCAACAUGACCCCGAGGACCGAGCCCGUCGUCACCCCGCCGCCGAAGAGGGCGCCGUUGGAUUGCCCCGCGGCUCGCCGCCCGGAGACGGAGAGGGCCAAGCGGCGCUCCUUGUCGCAGCAGAGCGCGGUGCGCAACAACACCAACGAACACCGGCGCUCGUCCGUGUUCUUCAGGCUCCCGGACCUCGACAAGAUCCUCAAGGGCGACAACGCCAACAGCAGCAGCUCAGCAGAGGCCGCCGCCGCCGGCAGGAAGAAGGAUGGGCGCCGCGCCAGCAGAAGCGCCAACGGUGGCAAGGGUCACCACCAAGGCAUGGGCGGCGACGGCGGGGACUUCGGGCACAGCCUCGCGGCCAAGCUCAGCCGGCCCGUUUCGGGCCGCAGGCGCGGCCGUCGGGCUUCCGUUGCGCCCGGCGGUUCCUCGCCCGGGCGUACGAGAGCGGAUCGCUUAGCAGCAGCGGAAGAGGAAGCAAGGAACGCCGCGGCGGCGGCGGCGGAGAAGUCAACGCGCGAGUCCUGCCGCGACGGUCGAGUCAUCAGCCGCACGCCCAAGGGCCUCUCCGCCGCGCGCCUGCUCGAAGACGCCCAGGACGUGGCCCGCAUCCGCAGCCAGGCCGGCCUCCGCUCCAAGAUGGAGGGGUUUUGUUGGAUCGCGAGCAACUGGUGCGUGGGCGCCCUUAAGGGGUUCUUCAGCGCCAAGAGUUUCCUGUUCUUGUGCGACAACUUUUUUUGGGCCGAGUUGCGGAAAGCCGACCGCCGUUGCAGCAUCGCGGCGGGCAGCUUUUUGAGCGGGGGGGGGGGGCAAGGCGGCACUACUCGCAAGCAAGCGGCCGGCUUCAUGCCACUCAUCGCCUUGGAAGGAGCCGCCAUCCAGCACUGCGAGGUGGCUAACUCCAACAACGGGUGGAUCAUUGAGGUGGUCAACCCGAGCGAAAACGUUACCCUCUGGCUCGAUCCGGAGAACGCGACGGCCCUCCUGAGGUGGGGCUCCGUGCUGUGCCAGGCCCUCCAGACGGAGAGAUACGACGGGGAAGAGGACGAGUAACAAGAGUGGGGUGGUCGGUCAGUCAGGGAACAGACAGAUGGGUGCCGUGUCCGGCGGGGGAGGGACGAGCGUCGGUCGAAAUAGGGGAGGCCGAAAUAACCGGUCGGUAGAGGACAUGAGCAAGGAAGGAGGCUUUUUUCAAGUGGGGCGAAGAGGCAGAAAGGACCGGUCAUGGUAGUGGACAACAGCACGGAGAGGAGGUUUGUGUCGAGGGGGGGGGGAGACGCAGCAAGUACGGGACGGGAGAGGACAAGGGCAAGGAAGGAGGCUUUCUGUCGAGUGGGGGAGGGAGAAGCGGUACGUCAUAAGACAACGGCGACGAGAGGAGGCUUUUUUUGUCGAGGGCGGGGAGAGGCAGAAAUUGGACUGCCUGGUCCACGUACACGGCGGGAGGAAGUAUAUAUAGAGUACUGUGGGUUUCGUACAGAUCGCUUUCUCCAGUCUCAACAAGUGUUUUUUUUAGGACUCAAACCAUCUUUUUAUGGGUGUAGUUUUUUGGGGCGUAGAGGACUGCUGUGUUAAGCUGCAAAUGCUUCCGGGGACAUGAAGACCAAGUUGGCUCGUUCUCCGUUAUCAUUUCAUAACCCGCCCCUCUUUUGAAACAUUCUUCCGGGGGCAUGGACGGAAGGGGCGGCAAUCCUCUCUUGGUUGUCGUUCUUUAGUUUGUGGAUUUUUCUGGUUAGUG